AUGAGGGCUGUGUAUGUGGAGGACCUCCGAUUUUCUGUGGAGAGAUCUGAAGAACUGUAUAACAAAGGGUGUGAGCUAGCAAAGCAUGAGGGGCAGGGCCCGAAGAGAAGUAUGGGUAACCCAAGGCAAGGAAAGAAGGUUGCACCCAAGGUUGCCGGCAGAGCAAAAGGUCGCGAUGCAAGCAAUGUAACCUCACGGUUGCGCGAUGAAGAUCAACUCAAAGACACAAGGGCUACAAAGAAGCCCGCUGCACCUAGCAGGCCAGCCUCACCAUCUGAAAGUUCCUCCUCGUCUGAUGAGAAGAGUUCUUCUAGUUCGUCGAGCCAUAGUAGACCCAGGGAGGCUGUCACACCACCACACCGGCCUCAACCACCCAUUAGACAGCCUACUGCGGAGAAGCGCAAACAAGAGCACGAGCAGGAAAGAAGAGAGACUGACAUCUGA